CCUAGAUCAUCUAGAAUAGGCCUUUAGGUCACACUACGCAUGGCUUGACACUACGUAAUGCAUUGGCUUGCCUCAUUAACAAGCUCUGUAACACAGGAGGGAGGAGACAGGAGGUACAGCAGGAGGAGUGGGAGAGGGGAAUGUAUGAGUGCAGCACACAGGGAAUCAGUGCAGAGAUGGACAGGACAUGAACCAUAAAUGAACAGAUGUACAGCAUCCUGAGAGACUGCCACUGGGUGAGAGGACCAGCACUGCAUAACCUGGCGAUCUCUGCACUGUGACUGCACCACAAUGAUAAGUGCGAGAGUGAGUCUUACACAUUCAGGUUGUGGGUGGGUUUGUUUCCCUCUCCCCAGCCCUGGAGAUAAUCCAGUGAUGCUAAAGGGUUUAUUCAAAUUUGCUACAGUAGGUACACCAGUCUGUAAAAUCUGAAUGAACCAAAAGGGGCAGGGGAAACAUGCAUGAUCAUAUUGCAAUGCAAAAAGCUACAAUAUUGCAUAAACUAAUGGCUAUGUAACUGGGUUUUUUUUUUUUUUUUUUUACACCAUGCUAAUUCUGAGUUGAGAUUUUAUUUUCAAUUGUUCAAACAAACCAUUAGUAACACUAUUAAAUUAAUAGUCAAUCCUACAAAUAUUCACAUGUACAUAAAACAUCAAUGCAGUUGUUACCGAUGACUUCACACUGUUAAUAUGCAUAAUUGUAAAGUUCACAAUUGGUGACAUUCAUGGACCUAAAAAUAAAUUGCAUAUACAAGAAUACCAUACAUGGGUCUGUUCCAUAUCAGGGCAACAUUUUAACAAACCUUAUCCGUAUUUGUGAUGUGGAUAUACUAAAAUUGAUUAAUAAACCAGUUAACAGAAAAAAAGUGAUUGCCUAGUGUAACUGAUAGUCAUGGGUCAGUUGAACUGGCCAUAGGAAGGUCACGUGUAGGUUCGUACCUAGUGAGCAUGAGACCUGCUGGGUAUGGAUCAAGGCCCAUCCAUGGUUAGUUGGGAACGUUGUCAUAUAGCCUUGUAUCUGGUGUGUUUACUCAUUGAAGACCAUUUGGUUCUUCCAAUGUGUGGAAGUGUUCUACUUUGUUCAUCAGGAGUCUCGAAGCAGGUGGUGAAGUGGAUCUCCAUAAGUAAUAACAAGUUUAGCUGCUGUAAGGAUAAAAUAGAUUAUCGAGGUUUUGUAUUUGUGGGAAAUAUCUAUCUUAUGGAAAAGUAAGGUAUGUCUAGAUAUAGUUUCAUUCCCAUGACCUCCUGGAUCAUAGAAACAAUGUUCCUCCAGAACUGUUGUAUUUGUGUGCACGACCACCAGAUAUGUUGGAGGUCCCCUCUUACCUGUUUGCAACGCCAACAAAUCACUGGUUCAGUCGGUACAUAUAGAUUGAUGUCUACUGUUAUGUGCCAGUAAUUUAUAGUUGGCUUCCACCAGUGGAAUGCUAGUUUGCAUGAAAGGUUCUAAAGAACAAUUUGUACCACUCUCUCUCUGUUAUGGGUGGGGAAAUGUGGUCGUUCCAUUUGAUAGUGAACGGAGGAAGUUUUGGGUGACCAAAAUGAAUUUUAGGUCUGUAUUAAAAACGAAGUGAGGUUUUAAAACUGUGUGUAAUGUUCCAUUAAAUUAAUCCUGUAUUCCUUACUCUACAAAAUACUUUUAAUUCCUUUAAAAAGUGUAUACUUUACACUAUAUCCCAUAACUGCAUUGCAAAGGUAAACCCGGUUAACAGAAUCCGAUUCCAGUGCCGAUCUCUCCUUUGAGGGGGAGAGUUUAAUGUGUAUGUGUGAUGAACAUGUUGGGCCCACCCCAUAGGAAAGCACGGAGUCAAUGCUUUCCUAUGAGGAUUUCACGGAUGCUGGAUGCCUUCAUGCAGAGCGUGAGGACUUUGUCAGGUGACCAAAAGUUGCUUAACCAGCAGAAACUACCUCUAGUGGUUGACAGCCACUAGAGGCAGCUCUUAAUCACACAAUGAGCUGAAGUGCUCUGGGUGUCUUUAGUUUCCCUUUAACACUAGUUUUUUUUACAAUUGGGGUUACCAGCCCCAUCAGAGUAGAAAAAUAAGGUUUGGGAUGAAAGUCCCAAAUGUGGACUGAAACGUCGGUCCAAUUUUAAUAUGGAAUUGUAUUCAAGUUUAUAAUUUUUAACUUUUGAAAAAAGCGUGAGUGCUGGUCAUCCUUCUACUUCAUUGUUAACAUAUAUAUUAUAUAUAUAUAUAUACGUGUGUGUGUGUGUAAUUUUAUGCUAAGUGUAUUUUUAUAUUAAUAUAUGUAUAUAUUAAUAAAAAAAUACUAAGUAUGACUUUUAUAUGAUAUAUAUCUCAUAUAUAUAUUUUAAUUUUAUUUAUUAACUUUAUUUCUUAACUUUUUUUUUUUUACUUUUUUCACCAGCAGGGGGACUGCCUGUCAGUUCAGGUAGUCCCCCUGCUGGCAGCACUGUGGACACCUUUUGCGGCCAGGUGACCCAUGGCCCCUCUGGGUCCUAAUUUGCAGAGGGGAGACUGUCUGGGCUGUCAGACAGUCCCCCCCAGUGAAGCAGAAGACCGAUCGUCGGCUGGGGAAGGAGGGUAGGGGUUACAUUUUUAUUUCAUUUUAAAAAAAUUGUAUUUUAAAUUUAACUGAGUGGCUCGACCCCUUGAAGCACUCAGCAUACAGGCAGAGCAUUAGAAACCUGCCUGAUGACUUCCGAUGCUGUGCACUAUACUGCCAGGCUCCACGUGGGGAAACCCGGGAAUGAUUGCUCCAGGGGAGCGAUCACUCGGGGGCCCGGCAGUGAGGGGGGUUAUUGCAGGAUGCCUCAACAUCACGGUAUCACUGCAAUACCGUUAGAGCAUCUGGAAGCAAUCAUGAUCGCUUCCAGCGCUCUAAUUAGCCUUGCACGGGCAGGGUGCGUAACUGUUCCUUAAGAACCGUUUUUUUGUCGGACAUACCCUGCAAGUCCACGGUCACUAAGGGGUUAAAGUUUAUACACUAUAUGGACAAAAGUACCAUUAAACCAACAGGGACUUUAAUGACAUUGCAUUCUAAAUACAUAGACAUUAAUAUGUAGUUGGUCCUUCAUUUGCAGCUGUAACAGCUUUAACUCUUCUCUGAACGCUUUUCACAAGAUUUUGGAGUGUCUCUAUGGGAAUGUUUGCUCAUUUAUCCUGAAGAGCAUUUGUGAAGUCAUGCACUGAUGUUGGGUGAAAAGUCCUGGCUCACAAUUUCCCUUCCAGUUCAUCCCAAAGGUGUUCGAUGGGAUUGAUGUCAGGGCUCUCAAUGGGCCAGUCAAGUUCUUCCCACCAAACUCAUCCAACCAUGUCUUUAUGGACCUUGCUUUGUGGACUGGGGCACAGUCAUACUGGAAUAGAAAAGGGCCUUCCCCAAACUGUUCCCACAAAGUUGGAAGCAUAGAUUUGUCCAAAAUGUCUUGAUAUGCUGAAGCAUUAAGAUUUCCAUUCACUGGAAGUAAUGGGACUAGAUCAAUACCUGACAACCAGCUCAUUGCCAUUAUCCCUCUUCCACCAAGCUUUACAGUUGGCAUAAUACAGUCAGAUUGGAACCUGACAAACUCAGACUGCCCAAGCACAGACAUAUGAUAAGUCACUCUACAGAAUAUGUUUCCACUGCUCCAUAGUCCAGUGGCGGUGUGCUUUACACCACUCGAUCCAACUCUUGGCGAUGCAAGGCUUGCAUGCAAUUGCAACCUCCUCCCAUAGUGUUCCUCCCCGCAUCCAUUGCUGCUGGUAUUAAUGCCAAUGGAAAUUUGGAACUCUUCAGCUAUGGAACCAUGCCCCUCAGCUCGGUGCCCCCUCAGCGCUCGGUGACCCUGUUAUGUGACUUUAUGUGAUCUUCCGCUUUGGGGCUGCUACUAAACGCUUCCAUUCUCCAUUAAUACCACUUACAGCUCACUGUGGAACAUCUAGCAGGGAUGAACUUCAUGAUCUUAUUGCAGGUGGCAUCCUCUCACAGUACCAAACUUGAAUUGUAAAUGCAGACUGCAUGGUAAGGUGCUUGAUGUCCUAUACUUGUGGCAAUGGGACUGAUUGCAACACCUGAAUCUAAUAAUUAAGAGGGAUGUCCAAAUCAUUUUGGCCAUAAAGUGUAUGUGAAGAAAGUUGGGUUUAGAACUGAAAAGUUCAUCUUUUACUGGCAAGCAAUGAAUAAAAUUUAGGUUGUUUUUUGUAAUACUUUGAAGUUCCUGGAGCGCUAUUUUUUAUUUUUUGCACAAGUUGUUGUAGAUCCAUGCAGACAGCACCGGGCUGGUAAUAUUAUACAAACUAUAGUGCAAGUGAUUGGAGAUUGGGUUAAUUAAAUAUAUACAGUCAAGUUAAACAAAAAUCUGCACACCAGUCAAGCCUUAAAGGACCACUAUAGUGCCCUGAGGGUGCCCCCACCCUCAGGGACCCCCUCUCGCCCGGCUCUGAAAAGGGGUUAAAACUUAGCUUUUUCGAGCGCUGGGCAGGGAGCUCUCCUCUUCCGAUCCUCCUCCUCUCCGCCCAUUCGGCUGAAUGCGCACGCGCGGCAAGACCUAUGUGCGCAUUCAGCCGGUCGCAUAGGAAAGCAUUUACAAUGCUUUCCUAUGAACGUUUGCGUGCUCUCACUGUGAUUUUCACAGUGAGAAUCACGCAAGCGCCUCUAGCGGCUGUCAAUGAGACAGCCACUAGAGGCUUUGGAGGAAGGCUUAACCCGUUCAUAAACAUAGCAGUUUCUCUGAAACUGCUAUGUUUAUAAAAAAAUGGGUUAACCCUAGCUGGACCUGGCACCCAGGCCACUUCAUUAAGCUGAAGUGGUCUGGGUGCCUAGAGUGGUCCUUUAAGACUUCCCUUUCCCAUAGAAAUCAAACCAGUAACCAACCUCAUGCUGAUGAUUUGCAUUAACAACGAAACAGCUGUCCAUGAGUGGUUCACUGGCUUUGCAUCUUUUCCUAAAUUGUGUUCCAAGCAUUUGUAUACUGCAAACACAGACUCAAAGGAAUCCAUGUUUAAAAUGGAAUGAGGCAAAAAUGUGAUUCUUUGAUAAACUAAUUUGCAUAUGCCCACCCAGAAUCCUUUGCGGUUGUAACAUCGCUGCGGAUUUGUGAUGUCUGUGGGAAAAGCAAGUCUUACGGCUUGACUGGUGUGCAGAUUUUAGUUUAAAGGACCAAUUUAGGCACCCAGACCAAUUCUGCUCAUUGAAGUGGUAUGAGUGCCAGGUCGCCCUAGUUUUAACCCUGCAGCUGUAAACAUAGCAGUUUCAGAGAAAACUGCUAUCUUUACUUUGCAGGGUUAAUCCAACCUCUAGUGGCUGUCUCCCUGACAGCCACUAGAAGCCGCUUGCGCGAUUCUCAGUGUGAAAAUCGAAUUGAACUCACGUUGGACGUCCAUAGGAAAGCAUUAAGUAAUGCUUUCCUAUGGGCGGUUUGAAUGCACGCACGGCUCUUGCCGCGCAUGCGCAUUCGGCUCCACUCUGGAACUGACGUCGGCGGGGGAGGAGAGUUCAACAGUGCCGAGGGAGCCCGGCGCUGGAUUAAGGUAAGUGGCUAAAGGGGUUUUAAGCCCUUCAGCCCAGCAGGAGGGGGGCUCUGAGGGUGGGUGAGACCUAAUAACCCUAUAGUGCCAGGAAAACGGGUUAGUUUUCCUGGCACUAUAGUGUUACUUUAACAUUGUAUUAACUAUCCACAGACAGGGCCGGUGCAAGGAUUUUUGGGUACACAGGUGAAGUAAUUUUGGAGUCUCCAUCCCCCAAAAGCACCUUCACCCGUGUCCCUCUUAACCCGCCUUUUGUUUCUUUUCCCCUUUUUUAAUGUCUUACCCCCUUUAGUGUCUUAUCCCCUAUUUUUUCCCCAUUGUGUGUCUUGUGUAUCUUACUACCCACUUUGUUUUUCUUACUCCCCCAGCCUCUGUCUCUCCUACACUCCCAGACCCUUUGUGUCUUUUACUCUUACCAGCUCCUUUGUGUGUUUCUCUUUCACCACCAGCUCGUCUAUCUCCCCCAGCCCCUCUGUAUCUCUUUCACCCCAGCCCCUUUGUAUUUUCACUCAUAGGCCCAUCUGUGGACUUUCUCAACCCCAUGCCCAUCUGUUUGUCUUUCUCCCCACUCAGGCCCACCUGUGUGCUGUGCCACUCUCCUAUGUCCCCCAGUGUUCCUCUCUCCACCCCUCCAUGUCAAUUUGUGGUCUUCUCCCCUCCCCACCCCUUAGUGUUCCUCUCCCCUCCCUCCUCUGUCCCUUUGUGUUCCUCUUCCCUCCCCCUUACCUGUCUUAGUGCCCCCCAUCCCCAUUAAUGUUCCUACCACCCCCCAUCUUAGUGUUCCUUAACAUCCCUCUUUUUUAGUGUUCUCCCCUGUCCCAUAGCAUCCUUCCCCCCUCCCCUGUCCCAUAGCAUCCUUCCCCCCUCCCCUGUCCCAUAGCAUUCUUUCUCCCCUCCCUCGUCCCAUAGUGUUCUUCCCCCUCCUCCCAUAGUGUUCCUCCCCGCAUCCCAUAGUUUUCCUUCCCUCCUCCCAUAGCUGUUCUUCCCCCCCCACCCCCUUAGUGCCCCUCUAUCUCCCCCCUUUUUCCCCAGUGUGUGUUCUACCUUUCUUGUAGCGUGGCCGAGCGUAGCAGACCACGGUACAGGAGCUUCAGUUUCCUGUACCUGGCUGGACUGACAGGAAAUACUCUCUCACUUCCUUUCAGUCAGGCCGGGUACAGGAAACAUAAGUUCCUGUACCGCGGUGCGCACUGCUCCGCUCGGCCACGCUACACUGAGUGCCUGGUAGAAGGGAGCGCCGUGCGCCCACCUCCUGCCGGUCAUUCCAAUCUAGCGCCCCCCUGGGCCGGUGCGCCAGCCCUGUCCACAGACUUCAGGUGGAAAGGAUUUUCAAUCACAAAUUUUUCCCCUCCAUAACAUUUUGGUUUUUGCUUCCCUAUAUAUAAAUAGUAACAUGAAAAGAGACAUGCAUCCAUCAUCAUUAGUGUCUAUCCCCUAGCCAUCAAUCAUAUCUUUUUGGACCACUAGUGGAACUCUGAAUACGGUAUGUCUGGUGGCCAAAGAUUAUAUAGAGUUGGUUUAUUAAUAAGCAUGUUGCCAUGGCGACACCACUUUGUUUUUUGUCUUGUUUCAAAGACACAGUUCACAAUAUUACAGUAUUAUAAUAUAAAUAGAAGAACUGCCGUAUGAGGAAGUUUGGUAACUACAGGCGUCACGAUGAUCUGAAAUAGCAGAUCUCGCACAUAGUUGUGCUGGUGGUGGCGAUUUAAUACUGGUGAAAUUUAUAAAUGUUUUGGUGUUACUUGCUAACAUGCUCUUUGCUAAAUUAAAACUUAAAUCGCCCUAAUCAUCAUUUAUUGUUACUAACUGAUACCGCUAAAACGCGUUGAAUGUAAUGGUCUGAUGUCCAACACAUCAUAGAAUAUGUCAUAAAAUGUUGGUUAUUAAUUUCUCAUGCAGGAUGAAGACAAGCAGAGAUUGGACGAGUUUCUCUGUGACCUGGCCCUCCUGGGCUCAUUACAAGUAAGAUUAAUUACUUCUGGACAGAGUUUUUUUUGGCAUCAUAGUGCGGAUUCCUACUUAUGAACUGAUGAUGAUACUAUACAAGAUCUGGAAAGCAGAUUCACAAUGUGCGCUGUUCAUCUGCAUUUUAAGAGAGAGAUUAUACUUCCUACUUACCAGAGUGGUGGGCCAUCCAAAAUGUACUAGUCUCUCUUUUGUUUUUGUACUUAAUUCAGUGUUUUGGUUACCCUUGUUCAAUAUCCCUUGUUUAAGCAUACAGUGUGGUAUCUGAGUAUUUUACUUAGUUUAGACUGAUCCGUCCGAAUCUAAAUCCUUUUAAUUCACAUGAGAACCAAUCAGUUCCUCCAGGAUUUAGCUGGGCUGUCAUAAUUAAUGAAUAAGACUCCACAACUAAAUCCUGAAUGAAUCAAUUAGUUUGGGUGUGAGCCAAUGGGAUUUUGAGUCAGAUAAAAAAUAUUUCCCACCAAAGAGAACUAAGUCAUCAAAAAAUUUUAAUAUCUGAUUUAAAUUUAUGAAGAAGUCUCUUUCCUGGCUGUCUCUUUUUCCGUCUAUAUGCACCUUUGGUCAGAUUGUCAAGUAUAUGACCCAAAGCCCACUAUUUUGCAAGCAUCUAUUGCUUUUCAAAAUCAUAGUUUUUCUGCCUGCAGCAUUAUUUGGCAGGUGAUUUUGAAAAGCAAUGGGGUCCAAUAAGUGACUGAAGGUGUAAAAAGAUGGCUGUCAGAAAGAGGGAGUGGGAACGGUAGUCAAAUGAUUGUUUUUCAAAAGUUUCACUAUAGCCGAAUUCAAAAAUGACAUUACAUAUUAUAAUAUAAAGAUUAUAUUAAAAUAAAAAAUGAUGCCUGUGCUCCUUUAAAGAUGGCCACUCCUAUUUUCGAUAAUAAAACAUGCUAAUUUACGUUUAAAAAGUAAAUAAAAUGAGUACGUAGGGUGCAUGAGGAAUGAAAUAUUUCGUUUUCCAUCCAUUACUGUCUGUAGUUACCAUUAAGACAUGAACAUCUGCUAAGACGGUGACUAACUGUUGUCUUUCAGGGGUUCCGAUACUUUCAGCCUUGGCUAAGAGGGAGGGAGGAGAUACUGCUGACUGUGAUUAAUGACGAUCUGGUAAGGACUGUGAAAUGACUUCGAUACAGCUUGGGCUUCAUUUUCUCUGUACCCAUUCUGCUUUCAUUCACUUUGAGUUUAAAUCUUUUAUAUCCAGUCAAGAUCUUCCCCUCGAUCAAUGAACUGUCAUUCUUUUUCUUUAGUGUCUCCCAUCACAGUCUGUCUUCUGUCUCAGGAGUUGUCCAUGUGUCUGUCUUUUAGACCUGUCCAUCCUUGCGGUCACCCGCCUCUCUCAGCAGUGACUCCAGUUGUCACAUUUCUAUAUCCAGCUACGAGCCAGUUGCAAGCAGGUACCUGCGCAAUUCUUAUAUAUUUACAAAAGGUUUCAGUAGAUGACAAUCUGAUCUGAGUCUUCUAACUGCCCUUUUUCUUUACUUAGGGGACCUGCACUCCUCCCUCCUGCCUCUCCUUGUGAUAGAGAAAUUGCUAUCCCGGUAUUACUCAGAUUAUAUCGUUUUUAUGGCUGACAUGCCCUCCAGGCCCCAUCUGUUUGUUUUACUUUCCCUCUUCUGUUACCUAGGAAACACAUUGUACUCUUUUUCUCCUGGCCGCUUACGCCAAGUAUGGACGCCCUUAUGUCUGGGUGAGGUCCAAUCACCAGCGUCUGAUCAGACCAGAGCAAGAUGAUGUGAACCUGAAGGAUAGCCCCCUCACACUUCAGUCCACCUCUGACUGGGACACAAAAGGUGAGCUUGUCUUAUCCCGAGUAGUAACAAUGUCCCUCUGUUACAAGAGACCAAAGAAAAUCUCAAAAUAAGUAAUUUUGAAAUUAAUUACCAACAACCAAAACUGUUCUACGGAUACAUUUCAAACAAAUAACAUUGAUAGAUGUUCCACAUACAUGUCAAACAAAGACACAGCAUAUUUUGAUGAAAUCUGUAAAAGUUUCGAUCAAUUAGUAAAGGAAUAGUUCCCAUUCUUUUUUUAUAUAUAUAUAUUUUUUUGUGAAUUAGAUUUUUAUUUUGCAACAAAGCAGUAGGUAUGAGAAAGGAACACGCAGGUCCUCAACUAUAGAUAUAGGGUUAUCCCGCCAACAGCUCUCUGGCUACUGGCACAUAACUGCGGGAGGGCCUGUGAUCCUGCAAGCGUUUUGACUACGCGCGACCUGCCUUGCAGCAUUGGACAAGAUGGCGGACGCGCCAAAAAUGACUACCAACACAAGACGCAAGGGUUACACCAGAUCGCUGCAGAUUUGUGGCUUAGAUUGGGCAGCAGAAAAAGCUGGCAUGAAGAGAAGAGGCAGAGUGAAUGCCCGCCUCAUGACUCAACUUCUGUCCGCCGACGCAUCAAUUUGGGUCUGUCUCAGCAGAAGGUAUCUACAACUUCAAGCCUGCAAAAAUGGAAUGGAAUAUUCCGACUUUCCAUCGAUCGCCAAGAUACCAAGGUGGCCAUCGCUCGCAACCUCACUACCAAGAUGAAGGCCAUGAAGGGGGCUGACCCCACACCUUCUGAGUGAAUAUACACGAUGCCGAGCUUCACCUCACUCCUCAUUGUUUUCAGUGCCAAGAGCAACCAGAUCAGUGGGUACUGCUCAUGGUCUCGUCUUAAAGCCUGUGGACGGCUCUGUCUCAUUGGGUCUAUAUCAGGCUGUGGGGGCUGGAGGAAAAAGCACGGGUAUCGGGUGAUCAGACAGUGCAUAUAGUGAAGGCUGUAGUUCACACUGGGCCCUCUCCUUAGCACCCUCUUGUUCGCCUCGGUUUGUCUAGGUUACAUGCCUACCCUGUAGUCACAUGUUGUAUAGGAACACCAGUGUGGUAUAAUUUCAUUUUUUGUUUAGCUUAUUUUUCUCAUUCUUAGAAACAGUAUUGUUAGAUGAAUGACAUUUCACAGCAUGAACACUAGCAUACCAUAGUUAACUGCUCAUGUUUAAUAAGGUUCUCCCAUCACAGACUAGUUUGCCAUAGUUUUAUCUCUCAUGCAAACCUGCCAUCUGUUAUCUAUGCUGGUGUUCUGAUCUAAUUAGGCCACCCUCGUGUACGUAUCACUGACCCAGCAUGUUUAUAUUACCAUAAUACUCGCCAUGUCUAGUAUCUUUUUAAUUAUGAAUGUCUGCCACACAUUUAGACAUGCUUGCCUUGCCUGACUUUCUCUGUUAUGUUAUUUUUAAAAAUGAGGAAGACUUAAAUAGAAUUUAAUUUGUUCUGAUAUUCCUGAUGAGUACGUCAUAACGGCUUUGUCUUUUUCCUGUUAUGUGACACAAAUGCCUCAAUAAAAGAAAGAUUGUAAAAAAAAAAAAGGAGCUAUGCCCCAAAAUAAUGGGGACACUGCCGACCGGUGGUCCAAGACCCCCUCAAAUCGGAAUCCAACCCCCCCUAAACUUCACCUCUGUAGAGUUCCCAUUCUUUUAAUCCCUGAUAGUAUGAGUAAGACGUGAAUAGUGAAACAAUGUCGAAAUGUUUGCCCUGGCUUUGACUUAUCUAAAUUAGAUUAUGAUUGUAAUAGCAGAACUCUGAAGAAGCCACACACAGAUAGUCUAGACGCAGGUCAGUUCAGGAAGCAAAGAUCUUUAUUUUCACCGAUCGGGUCUCAGCUGAACUUAUGUCCAAAAUGUCUGAGCCCCGAUCACAUGGAGUACAGGCUUUUAAUAGACUAUACAUGCUCCAUCUGUACCCUUACACUAAUCAGCAAACAGGAUUACCUUAUGUGGACAGGCAGCAUGGAACUUAGUAUGGAAUGUGGUUUCAGUUCUUGAACAUGCUCAGUACAUUGACGACAGUUUCCUGACUACGUGUAACUAAUUAACAGAUACAUGUGCUUGUAUAUGCCAUGUGGAGAUUUUAGGCCUACUAAAUUUUGGGCCUAACUUGAGAUCCCCUCACAUUCCCCCCUUUGAUGCUUCUGAAACUACAUACUCCAGAUGCAUUACUUACCAUAUUUUGCCAAUAUCAGUCAGGUAAUUAUAGAACAGAACAGGAGAAACUAUAGAAGCGUUUUAACCUUAAUCCUAGAAGUUCCUGUGUAAACUUAUCAAAGCUCAACUACCUGAUUACAGGUUACGUCUCUCUGGGAUAGAGGUUCAUAUCUCCAGAUGGCCAUUACACUUCCUCUUAAUAGUAUUCUCGAUAACACUACAUUAAGACCGUAUUAUUAAAGGAAUCAAGCAGCAUAGUAAGAGACAUAAGAUAAUGAUAACUACCAUUCCUCCUACCAGUGCCUUUAACCCUCCAAACUGUUCAUACCAGCUUCCGAACCAACUACAUUUAUUAUACCCGUUCCAGAUCUGAGUAGGUACGUGGAUCAAUUUAACCAUGUGACUAGUAAGAUCAAUCACAGCUUGUCCUUUGAUGUCUAUCUGUAGAAAACAAUGACUUAAGUUAAACUUUCCGCACACACCUCCUUCUACUGCUAGUAAAUAAUCAAGGGCCAAGCUAUUUUGAUAAAUGGCCGACCUCAUACGGGUAUUUUGUUUUUCCAGGAGGUUAAGUGCUUCAGCUGUCUCAUUGGUUACGAUCUCAACCACCGCUUGUAAUCUUAUUAUACGAUUUGAGCAUGUAUAUGGGGGUUCGAUAAUCAUAAGUACCAUCUUUAGCCCAGGUAACAGGUCCAUAAUAAUUAAUAAUUCACUGGGGUGGCCAUUCAUCAUCUUUCCAGUUACCUAUAUGUAAUGAUGCUCGUUUUCUCUUAUGAAUUGUAUCAUACACCUUGACUCCUAAAGUCUCUCUUGUUUGAAUUGGCAACAAAAAGAAAGAUGUUUUGAGCAUACCUAGCACACAUGCCCCUGCUCAGUCUUGUGGUAAUUCCAAAUAGGCCUUCUUACCACAAAUCCAAUAUAAAUUAGCUGUGGCUCUCCAGUUAGAAAUAGCCGAUAGGUCAAACCAUACCUCUCUUAAAUUUGUGUAGUUAGCAAAGGGAUUAGUAGGUUCUGAGGCAUUUGAAGCCGACCACCAGGUAGUAUUUUGACUAUUCGCAUUAUAUGUUUUCUGAUAUAGACAGGUCAACUAGCCUACAGGUGUGUUAUACAUUGGGCCUGCCCUAGCUAAACAUAUGUGGCCAAUUAUGGAUGUCUUUAAUUGGCAUUCUGACUUUUCCCGUAUGAUUGUUUGAUUACUAGAGUGAUAAGGCAUCUGUUGCUCAUUUGUCUCAAAACCAGGAUACCAUACUUCUCUCACUUCCCAUGGCCAUUGAUCUCCGAUAUUGUGCCUCCACAAACAAAGCAGUUAGUUAUAUUCAGACUACUUGCAAUACUCUCAGCCAGAUGAAUGAACAGGUUUUUUACAGUAUGUGGGCCUUCAUCUUCACUACUCAUUCCUCAUAAAAGGAAUGGAAUACCUGAUGAGUUUGAGCAUUUAGGGUCUCCGUUUCAAGGCCUAUAUAUAGGAUGGCUCCCGGGUCUGUUCCUGUACACUCCAUUGAUUUAAAAUGAGGGGUAGUAGGUAUUCUUUGAAUUAUCAGGUCUUGGUGUACUGUUUUUCCCCAGGUUGCCCAAACUACACAUGACCAAUAUGGGCAGAAGUUAAAAGCCCUAUUUGGACAAUGCGGGUCAGUGGUUCUUUAUCAUUAAACCCAUAUGUUCGCUCCCACUUAACACAUAUAUUCCACGGUUUUCCACUACCGGGACAUCAGCAAUUCAGCACUUCAGUUCGGUUCGGCACUUCGGGACUUCGGAAAUUCGAGACUUCGGCAAUUCCCUAACCCUACCCCUACCCCAGACCCUAUGGAACACGGAAGUCCAAAUCUAGGAAUAACUUCUCGUAGGAGAAAAUGCACAACUUCUCCAGCUUUUUCUGUAUGGGCUGGACAGUCCUCAACCCAUCCAGAGUAGGUACAUACUGCUACCAGCAGGUAACGAUAUCUUCCAGAUUUUGGCAUAACUGUGAAGUCUACUUGGAAAUCUGACAUGGGGAGUCCUCCCAUAUACUGAACUCCGGGAGGCUUAGAAGGACCUUGUCUUGCAUUAUUGCGGGCGCACUGUACAAAACAUCUGGCGAUGGCUUGAGUGAGGUUUGAUAAUCCUGGUAUAUAGAAAUGUCUGCUAAGAGAAUCUUCCAUAUUGUCUCUUCCCGAGUGUGUACCGCUGUGGAAGUUCUGAACAAUUUCUACAGCUACCAAUUAUUCUCCAAGUAUUUUCCAUAUUCAGUUUUUAACCACUCUUUCUCCUGAGAUCCAUAUACUGGAGUCCAUUGGGACAAAGGUGCUGGUAUAAGCGCAAUAGCAUGGCUCACGUUUUCACUUUCCUGUCUUGAUUCUGCAGCUUGUUUUGCAGCACUGUCUGCCAUACGAUUGCCUCGUACUAUAUCACUGUCACCUCUCAAAUGGUCUCUACAAAGUAUAAUACUUAUUUCUUUGUGUUGUCAUACUGCCUCCAACCGCUGAAGUAUCUCAGCUGCAUACUUGAUCUCUUUUCCCUCUGAAUUUAGCAGUCCUCUUUCCUUGUUUAGUGCUCUAUGGACAUGAGUUGUUGGGAAGGCAUAUCUGGAGUUGGUAUAAAUAUUCACUCUCAGCCCCUCAGAUAAUUGCAGGGCCCUUGUAAGCGCUAUCAAUUCCGCCUUCUCUGCUGAUGUUCCCUUUGUCAAUGGUUGUGCUUCUAUCACCUUGUCAACUGUGGUUACUGCAUAACCUGCAUAACAUAUUCCUUCUCUAACAAAACUGCUACCGCCCGUAUAAUAUUGUAUGUCCGAAGUGGGAAAUCAUGAAGCUUGGUGCUACUAGAGAAGACAUCAUCCAGUAUUUUCAAACAGUCAUGUUUAAUUUCAGUGGCUUGUGGCAAGAGGGUAGCUGGGUUAAGGUUAUUGACAGUCUCAAGAUGUACUCUCGGAUUUUCACAUGACAUAGCUUGGUAUUUGGUCAUUCUGCUAUUAAUAAACCAAUGGUUGCCUUUGUAAUCCAAUAGAGUCUGUACUGCAUGGGGAACUCAGAUAUAAAGUUCUUGACCCAAUGUAAGUGUAUCAGCUUACGUUACCAGCAAAGCUACGUCCGCUACUGCUCGUAGACACGGUGGGAUGCCACUAGCCACCGCAUCCAGCUGUUUAGACAUGUACACUACAGGUUGUUGCCAUGAUCCCAAGUAUUGUGUUAACACUUCUACAGCCAUUUUCCUUUGCUCAUGUACGUAGAGAAAGAAAGGGCGGGUGUGAUCUGGUAAGCCAAGGGCUGCUGCACUCAUAAGUGCUUUCUUGAUUUCCUCAGACAACUUCUGUUGUUCUGUAGUCCACAGGAAGGGAUCAUGUUCUGUACCUUUUAUAGCCCCAUUAAGUGGUUUCACUAAUAUCCCAUAAUUAGGAAUCUAUAUUCAACAGAGUCCAGCUGCUUCCAGAAAUUCUCUAACUUGUCUUGUGUUUUUCGGGGUGGGUAUGCGGCAUACAGCUUCUUUUCUUUCAGGUCCCAUUGUUCUUUGACCCUCUGAAGUUUGGAAUCCUAAAUACUUGACAGUAGACUGCUACAGUUGCGCCUUCUUUUUAGAUACCUUGUAUCCUGCCCUCCAUAGGAUAUGAAGAAGAAUAUCAUGAGUCGCUUGUUGGCACAUUUCCUUAGUGAUUGCAGCUAUUAGGAGAUCAUCCACAUACUGGAGUAGUACACAUUUUCGUGAGAUGGAUUGGAAAUCUUUUAAAUCCUGACUUAACGCGGAUUCCAAAUAGAGAAUUUUUAAAACCCUGUGGCAACCUAGUCCAGGUCAACUGACGUUUUGAUCCUGUAAUAGCAUCUUCCCAUUGGAAAGCAAAGAUACACUGGCUUUCAGCAGAGACUCGGAGGCAAAAGAAGGCAUCUUUGAGAUCCAAAACUGAAUAGUGGGUAGCGCCACCAGGAAUCAAGGCAAGCAGAUUAUAGGGAUUGGGUACCACUGGGUGUAUGUUGACCACUGCAUCAUUAACUGCUCUUAAAUCUUGUACAGGAUGGUACUCUUUAGACUCUAGCUUUUGAAUAAGUAAUAAUGGGGUGUUCCAGGGGGAGGUUCAGAAUUUCAGGAUGCCAUACUUCACAAACCUGUCCAAGUAUGUCUGUAUGUUUUCCUUGGCCUUCUGAGGUAUAUGAUACUGGCAAAGGCUAACAGGACAAGCCCCAAGUUUCAAUUCAAUAUGUAUGGGUGGAAUAUUAUGAGCAAGUCCUGGAGGAUUGUUUUCUGCCCAUACUCCUGAAAUAUCAAAUAAUGAUCCAUCACUCUUUGGGUUCAGGGUUACUAUUGCAGAAUACAGACACCAUUCUUCUUCUUUUGGCAUCAGUACAGGUAACAUGCCUGGUGAUUUAUUAAACCUUAGGGAUGUUGAUCCAUUAGGUAAAAAUGUUAUCUGUGCUUGAAGCUUCGACAGAAGAUCUCGUCCUAGAAGUUGGAUUGGGCAUAAGUGGGUAUAUAUUGAUGAUGACAGUGUACCAAUGCCCACGGACUGGAUAAAGCAUACAUAAAGUAUGAAGGGCUGGUACAAGUCUGAAAAAAAAAAAAAAAAAAAAAAGAAGUUGAAUUGGGCACUUAGGCAUAUAUAGGAACUGAUGUUGAACAAGAUGGCCCCCUAGUGUACAAGUACGAUUCCUGAAAACCAGUCUGGUUGCUUCUUUCCUAGUAGCUCCUAUUACAGUAACAGUCUUUCCGGAAGGAGGAGAUACUAAUUUGGUCACAACGGAAUGUUCAGCACCCGUAUCAAUCAUGAAGGGAAUUUUAUUUUCCCCUAUUGUUACUUCAACCAUAGGCUCCGCUCGGCCAAGGGGGAUGGAGCCCGGUCUGUAUCAAUAGUCGUCCAUAACUGCGUCAGCCAGACCCACAAAGUCCCUAUCUCUUGGUCUCUGAGUUUGAGGGUAAUAUCUGCUAUCCUGAACGUCUCCUCUAUUCCUACUGUUGUUCCCUUCAAGACAUCCUCAGAUAAUCUUUCCUCUUUCCUCUCCUUGUCUGCCGAUGCCUGUGAUGGCUACCGCCAACAUAUCUAACUUCUUUUUCGUCCUACGCUUCUCUUCCCACUUCGUUUCAACUUUCUCUAUUCAUAUAUACCUUAUUUGCAAUUUCCAUAAGCUGUGAUAUAGACAUUCCUGCAAAUCCAUCUAACUUUUGUAAUUUCCUCUUAAUAUCACCUUGGGCCUGGCUGACGAAUGCAGAAUUAACCAUUCAUGCAUUUUCAGGGGCUUCGGGAUUAAAAGGGGUAUAGAGUCUGUAUGACUCAAGCAAUCUCUCAUAAAAGGUGCUAGGGGAUUCGUCAACCUUGUCAUGUUAAUGGCCUUUCCCCGCUUUCAAGCCCGUAAUAAUGGCUUGCUGGUAUGCUUUCAAAUGGGUCAUAUCAGCACAGUUAACGUUCCAGUUGGCAUACGUAUUAGGGAUAUGGGCAGCGGCCCAUGCUGCCGGAUAUGCUUGGUUUUGGGUACAGGCAGUUUCUUCAAGAGCUUUAAGAGCUGCUUGAUUAAUACGGGUUCUUUCCGCGGAACUGAAUAGAGUUAAUAGUAACUGCUGGCAAUCGGCCCAUGUAGGAUUAUGGGUUUGAAUGAUUGAUGUAACCAAAUCAGUCAUAGCUUGUUGUUUGUCGGUAUAUGAAGGGUUAUGGGUCUUCCAGUUAAACAAAUCGGUAGUAGUAAAGGGAACGUAUACAGAUACAGGGUCUCCCAAUUGCAACUGGCCAUUGCCAUCAAUAUGUGUUGGGCCAGUAGUAAGUCGGAGGGGCAUUUGUAGGUGCCGGGGUUGGAGGGUACUAGUUGUCAUGCAUGUUAAAAGGGGACUACAUUUGUAGAGCACUGUGCUUUAACAGGUUCUGGUUGGGGGGUUGUCAGAUGGGCAGAGGAAGGCAAAUCAAUCAUGUAACAGUUGGUAAAUUAGUUAAUGGAAUAUCUAGGACAAGGCUGGGAGGGGCCUGUCCAGUAACUAAAAAGGGCGCCAAUUCAGGAUACAAAGAUCUAGUGGGGGUAGGUGCAGAGAUUGGUGGGCUUAAGGCAAGAGGGCUGAUUUCUGAUGUAGGUAUGUGGGUAGGCAGAGACAAUGGGGCAGCGGAAGUGAAACCACCGGCUGCACUGGUUCUAGCUUGGAAGGAAGCAUAAGGGGGAGGUAAGGGAAGAUCUGAUUGAGGGGGAGUGUCCAAAAUAGGUGGAGUUGAGGCCUUUGUGGACAAACAAGUUCUGGCAACCAUGAGGCGGCAGUGUUCCUCAUGGCAUAACUUGAUCCAUUUAGGCUGUUUUUCAACUAUUUGCUUUCAACAAUCAAUAUACGGAAACUGAUCAUAAAGCCCUGGCCUACUAGUUAUAACUGUAUGAACUUGCAGUACUAAAUCUGGAUCAAGACUAUAAUAUAAUGGAUUAUAAUUUGGCUAAACAAUAUAUAUAAAUGUAUAUGCCAGAGUUUAGCUAAAUAAUAUAUAUUAAUAUAUAUAUGCCAUUUUCCAGCCAAACAAUAAUCUUCAGAAACUUUGAUCUAGCUGUACAAAAUUCACACAGAGCUCAGCUUUUUCUACUAACUCCAGGAUCAGCGAUCUAGUUGAACGACAUUUAAGCUCAACUACUCCAGUUACCGGAAUUUAAUCCAGACCAGAACUUUGGAAACCAGUCCCUAUUCUAAACCAGCUCCUAUUCUAAACAGGCCCUACUCUAAACUAUUAUAUACAGACCCUAGUCUAAACAGCCCCUAUUCUAAACAGGAUCUAGCUGAACAGUUUUUUAUACCAAAUUUCAGCUAGAUAAAAUUUUGGAAACAAGAAUCUAACUGAACAAAAUUAUUACACAAUGUCCAUCUAGUCGUACGUUUCCAAACCAGCCCCUAGUAUAAACCUAUUCUGAGCCUAUUCUAAACUAUUCUAUACAGCCCCUAUUCUAAUAUAACUGAACUAGAUUUCAUACCAAGUUCAAUUAGUAAUAGGUUUCCAAAAUCAGAACAGACCCUAUAGCCAAAACGGUCUAGCUACAGAGCGUUUCGCUAAAGAGGUGAUCAGCCCCUUCUUUCCAUUGAGAAAGGCCAGAACAGAUUUUAUCCCUAGUGGGUGUACCUUUCAUCAACGGGACACCCCGAAUUUAUCAACGGGAUACCCCGAUACCCACUGUGCAGAAGCCGAUGGUCUCCUGGACAAGGCGCUGAGACAAAAGGAGGUCCACACAGUAUCGGUCCAGGGGUGUUGCCAUGGAGAGGUGCUGUCUCGGCGGUCUCGGUGAUGAUUUCCCGGUCAAUGCACCUGGAAUGUAAUAGCAGAACAGUGAAGAAGCCACGCACAGAGAGUCCGGACGCAGGUCAUUUCAGGAAGCAAAGAUCUUUAUUUUCACCGAUCGGGUCUCAGCUGAACUCAUGUCCAAAAUGUCUGAGCACAUGGAGUACAGGCAUUUUUAUAGACUAUACAUCCCCCACCCUUACACCAAUCAGCAAACAGGAUUACCUUAUAUGGACAGGCAACAUGGAACUUAGAAGAGAAUGGAAUGUGGUUUCAAUGCUCAGUACAUUGACGACAGUUUCCUGAUUACGUGUAACUAACUAACAGAUACCUGCACUUGUAUAUGCCAUGUUGAGAUUUAAGCCUACUAAAUUUUGGGCCUAACUGAGAUCCCCUCACAAUAUGUUAUAGCUAAACUAGUUUAUUUUAAUGUAAAACAGACUCAAUGGAUUUCACAAUUCUGGCUUUGAUGAAAGUAUCUUCCUAUGUUUUAGUUUUCAAAAAGCAAUAUAAAUCACCCAGGCUAUUUAACAAAGGGAAAUGUGAAAUGACCAUCCCAAUAACAAGUGGGGAAAAAAACAAAACCGACAUGACUAUCAUAAAGUUUCUAUAAAGUACAUUCCUGGAUUUACUAUCCAUUUUUUAAUGCCUUUUGUAAAGAUCACACUAAAAUUACACCAAACUGCAUUAAAAAGAUAAUACUCUAGCGCUAAAUAUUCCAGGGAGUUUGACCUAUGUCCCGUGAACUUGACUCCAUACACAACGUUUCAACUGCAAAAGAACACAUACUAAAAUAAGCAAACAUCACACACAUUGGACAAUUAAUUUAUUCAAGUGCCACAAUGAAUACUAUAUUACUCUCGCAUAACAAUUAAUGAGAAAGUGUAUAUAUCACUACUACAGAAUAAUCUCCUCUUCUUGUAAAUAGUGAAUCCAAAUGAAAACAUGAUAACCGUACAACCCACCACGUCAAACAAUAGUGUGAUACUGUUGCCUGUACCAACAUUUUUAUUGCAAAUUAUACUCUUAAACAGUGGAUUCAAAUUUCAUAAAACAAACAGCCAGAGAUUGCGGCUUCUUUUACUGUGUGUUUAUUUCACUAUGUGUUCCUAUUAAAUAUAAAGCUUUUGUGCGGGAUUUGGAGGGGGUCUUGUUUGUAACAAUUAAUAAAGAAGGGUAAUUUUUUUCUUUUGUGUAAUGUGUGUCAUAACUAUCACAGUAGUUUGGAUUAGACAUUAGUGAUGUCCCGAACGGUUCGCGAACGGUUCGCCACGAACGGUUCGCCGCGGACUCAUCAUUGAGUAAACUUUGACCCUGUACCUCACAGUCAGCAGACACAUUCCAGCCAAUCAGCAGCAGACCCUCCCUCCCAGACCCUCUCACAUCCUGGACAGCUCACUAAAAAUGCAGCUUCAAAAUGGAUGCUGUCCAAGAGGUGGGAGGGUCUGGGAGGGAGGGUCUGCUGCUGAUUGGAUGGAAUGUGUCUGCUGACUGUGAGGUACAGGGUCAAAGUUUACUCAAUGAUGAGUCCGUGGCGAACCGUUCGGGACAUCACUAUUAGACAUGUUUUUGUACAGUUUGUGGUUUUGUAUGAUAUGGGAAGUGUCUUCCCUUUAACUUGAAUGAGAGAAUUAGUAAGUUUCUAUAUAAAACAUUAAACAUAAUGGAUACUGACUUAUUUCUAAUGUUAUCAAUGGAGAAGUAAUCGCAAGCUAAAUACAGCUGCUUCAGAUUCACCCCGAACUGGCGUUUAACUUCACUUGGAAUUCAAUCACCUCACUAGCUAAAACAAUAAAUUAGUCGUGGUGGUAACCGUGGGACUAUAAUGAUAAAAGAGUGGAUUGCUGUCACAGCUGAUGUUGCAGAUCCUAUCAAUUCAUGUAUGACACAAAUUCAGCAUUAACAAAACAUAUGUGGACAAGUAAAACCGAUAACGAGGACCCUUUUCAUUAAUGAAGAAUCUGUGUGUAUCAAAUAAGAAGUGGACAUACCCCAACAGUUUUUUUGAUCUGUAGAGAUGGUCCACUAACAGAUAGGCCUUUAUUAGGGAGCCCAAUUUUCCACAAGCGAUGGUAAAACAGCACAGGCCUGCUGUAAGGAAGCAACGUUUCAUAUGAAUAUAUUUUUUUUACGUAAUGUUCACAAACUGUGCAAGACCAUGGCUAAAGCACCGCUAUAUAUAAAGAAAUCAGAUCAUAGCAGAGCCACUAGACCAGGUGACAUCAUUUGGAAACCCAAGGCCAAAUUUACCGAGGGAAAAGCAGGACAAUGAGCAAUCACCAUGAAAGCCAACAGAAUGUUUCUACAAAUUUCACAAAACUGACAAACUUUGUCUGAGAAUUUUUAUUAGGAACAGCCUUCUUGUGAUGUUAUCAUGCAUGUGGUCAAGCUCCAUGAUUCCAUUAUUCCGGUAAUUGGGUGAGCAUUGCUGUAGCGUUAUAGGUCAAAAGGCGAGGGAUGUCUCCCUGUUUGGUUAUUCAUUCAUUUUCAAUAACCCAGUAUGAUUUUUAUCAUACAUAAUAACUCACACAUUGAAACAAUCGGCAAAUCAUUUGUUUAUCUUAAGAAAGAAUAAAGUUGGGGUGUUUGUGACAUGAUGCAGCUUUCCUUCCCUAACCAAUAUUUGAGAAUCUGUUCAUAUCUCCCCAGAUGUAGGAGUUUGGCACGUGGUGUGGGAUGUGGUAAAUGCUUGUGUUUCUCCACCUCCACGGAAUGCCCUAGCUGUGGACUUUUCUUACCUGCGGUCUCUCCCACUCUCGGAGCGUUCUCUCUCCUCGGGAGCUCUAAUUGGUUUCUUCCAUUGUCUGCUGCUACGAGAACCUCGAGGGACUCCAUUAUACACCUAUGGUGCGUACCCAACAGCAUCCCAAGUUCAAUGUCACUUCAUUUGUCUUCUGUGUCUACAUGUGUGUGUAAUAUAUCCUUUUUAUCAUUGUUUUAUAUAAUUAAAUUCCAGAUACUGCCUUGUCCUGAAACCUAAACUGUACACUUACUUUUAAUCCUCCUCCAUUAAGAUUUAGAUUAAAUGAUGGGAAUGGGAAGGAGUGGUGUCCAAUGUGACAAUUUAAGCCAUUAUUAGCUGUUCAUCAUCAUCUUGUUCCUUCUCAAAGAACAUCUAAACUUGUAGUCUAGGAAGGUCAUUGGGUUCUGUGCUCCUGCACAUUGUCAUCUGUCUGUCCAUUCGUCCUAUCAUUCUGUCUUAUAUUAUUUCCUUUAUGGUAUAUUAUUUUCCUUUAUACACUGCUCAAAAUAAAAAAGGGAACACAAAAAUAACACAUCCUAGAUCUGAAUGAAUUAAAUAUUCUUCUGAAAUACUUUGUUCUUUACAUAGUUGAAUGUGCUGACAACAAAAUCACACAAAAAUAAAAAAAUGGAAAUAAAAAUUUUCAACCCAUGGAGGUCUGGAUUUGGAGUCAAACUUAAAAUUAAAGUGGAAAAACACACUACAGGCUGAUCCAACUUUGAUGUAAUGUCCUUAAAACAAGUCAGAAUGAGGCUCACUAGUGUGUGUGGCCUCCACGUGCCUGUAUGACCUCCCUACAACGCCUGUGCAUGGUCCUGAUGAGGUGGCGGAUGGUCUCCUGAGGGAUCUCCUCCCGGACCUGGACUAAAGCAUCUGCUAACUCCUGGACAGUCUGUGGUGCAACGUGACGUUGGUGGAUGGAGCGAGACAUGAUGUCCCAGAUGUGCUCAAUUGGAUUCAGGUCUGGGGAACGGGCGGGCCAGUCCAUUGCAUCAAUGCCUCCGUCUUGCAGGAACUGCUGACACACUCCAGCCACAUGAGGUCUAGCAUUGUCUUGCAUUAGGAGGAACCCAGGGCCAACCACACCAGCAUAUGGUCUCACAAGGGGUCUGAGGAUCUCAUCUCAGUACCUAAUGGCAGUCAGGCUACCUCUGGCGAGCACAUGGAGGGCUGUGCGGCCCCUAAAGAAAUGCCACCCCACACCAUUACUGACCCACUGCCAAACCGGUCAUGCUGGAGGAUAUUGCAGGCAGCAGAACGUUCUCCACGGCGUCUCCAGACUCUGUCACAUGUGCUCAGUGUGAACCUGCUUUCAUCUGUGAAGAGUACAGGGCGCCAGUGGUGAAUUUGCCAAUCUUGGUGUUCACUGGCAAAUGCCAAACGUCCUGCACAGUGUUGGGCUGUAAGCACAAUUCCCACCUGUGGACGUCGGGCCCUCAUACCACCCUCAUGGAGUCUGUUUCUGACCGUUUGAGCAGACACAUGCACAUUUGUGGCCUACUGGAGGUCAUUUUGCAGGGCUCUGGCAGUGCUCCUCCUGUUCCUUCUUGCACAAAGGCUGCUGGGUUGUUGCCCUCCUACGGCCUCCUCCACGUCUCCUGAUGUACUGGCCUGUCUCCUGGUAGCGCCUCCAUGCUCUGGACACUACGCUGACAGACACAGCAAACCUUCUUGCCACAGCUCGCAUUGAUGUGCCAUCCUGGAUGAGCUGCUCUACCUGAGCCACUUGUGUGGGUUGUAGACUCCGUCUCAUGCUACCACUAGAGUGAAAGCACCGCCAGCAUUCAAAAGUGACCAAAACAUCAGCCAGGAAGCAUAGGAACUGAGAAGUGGUCUGUGGUCACCACCUGCAGAACCACUCCUUUAUUGGGGGUGUCUUGCUAAUUGCCUAUAAUUUCCACCUGUUGUCUAUCCCAUUUGCACAACAGCAUGUGAAAAUUGAUUGUCACUCAGUGUUGCUUCCUAAGUGGACAGUUUGAUUUCACAGAAGUGUGAUUGACUUGGAGUUACAUUGUGUUGUUUAAGUGUUCCCUUUAUUUUUUUGAGCAGUGUAUUAUUUCAUUUUUCCAGUCUAUCUAUUUUUCUAUGGUUUCUACCUGUUUUAUUUUAAAUUUUAUUGAUAUCAAAUCUUUCUCCACUUUUGCAGUCUGGGAAGAGUUGGGAGAGCUGACACGUCUUCAUGCACACACCCUACGGGAUCUAAAAGACAAUAAGUUGAUAAGGAGUACACUCUCAGAUCCAAUCCAGAACUUGGCCACCUGGAGUCACCAUUAGCUUGUAACAUUACCCAGACAUUUCGAAAAAAUCCUGAUUUUCCAAAAUAUAUUCCAGAAUCUGAGAAAGCGUUCCUGAAAUAAACUUUUAAAAAAAUAGUGUUUUGUCCAGCCAUACUAUAGAGAUGUGUUUUUUUUAAAUAAUUGUAUCUAUUUCCCAAAUCUGUACAUUUCAAGGAGCCACAGUCAUCUAGCAAUGUGGUAACAGUGGCCUUCCGAUGUUUCUUAUAUAUUCAUAUUCUUUCUUUAGAAUCUUACAAAUCAUAAAGCAGAAAAUAAAGAGAGGCCAUUAAAUAUGUGAACUAGUCCACAAAGGGCUGGAACAGAGCAAAAGUAUGAGUAAGGAACAAUUGGGGAACCGUGUGACUCUUUGAUGUAUUUGGCUUUAAAGCCCCUAUUCUACCUUCAGACAGACUAUUUAUGUAGGUUGCUUUAUUUCUCUUAUGUUUUAGUCACCCUGUACCCAUUAUAGGUGCAGGGUGUGUGUAAUGUAAUUGUUUAUAGUGUGUGUAAUGCAAUUGUUUAUAGUGUGUGUGUGUACUGUGAAAUGCAUUGCCUGCUCUCCUGUACUGCUGAGGUUUGCUACCAACUAGGUGGGUUUGGCUAUGGAGCUUGUCUAGUGCCCUCUGUUGGUAGCAACAGCAAUAUGCACUACCUGAAUAGCAAGACUGGUUCACUUGCAUAUUUGGGUAGAUUUGCAUAUUGCUAAUUCUGCAGGCACGUGAGAUAUUUUCUGUUAAAUAUUGUCUCCCCCUCCCCUUUAAAAUUGUGCCAUUGUGUUCUGAUAAGUCACUGUGUGUUGCCUGUUAUGGUUUGACUGUUUGUGAUUUUAUUGAGUUUUCACAGCAAUGUUAAUGUGGUGACCCCAUGGGCUGGUCCCAAGAGAAAUAAAAGUUUAGAUAGUUCUUCUUGAUUCCUCUAAAUGUAGCCUUGUCACGUUAUUGGAGGGAGCUGUUAUAAUCACACUGGUCUGCAUACUCC